AUGUCUUCGAGCCUGCGAGAGGUAGCAGGAGUCUACGCUCACUUCCGAGUCAGCUUUCCCUCCGAGCAUAUUUUGCAAGUGACAUUAAACAGACCACAGAAACUCAAUUGUAUCGACAAAAGUACAAGUCAGCAUAUGGGAGAUGUAUGGGAGCUCUUUGACAAGGACGACUCCCUAUGGGUCGGCAUCAUAACUGGCUCAGGCCGUGCUUUCUGCACCGGAGCUGAUCUUGAUGAGUGGAAUAAAAUGAACGAAGCCGGGAUUUUCAACGACAUGGGCGCGCCAGGCCUAGGCGGACUGUGUCGACGCGAAGGCAAAAAGCCAGUCAUCGCAGCGGUCAAUGGAAUAUGUAUGGGUGGCGGGUUCGAGAUGAUUGCCAAUUGUGACAUGAUUCUAGCGUCAGAAUCGGCAACCUUUGCGUUACCAGAAGUGAAGCGAGGAAUCGCACCGGUAGCGGGCUCGCUACCCCGGCUGGCUCGUGUCAUAGGCCUCCAGCGGACAAUGGAUCUGGCUCUUACUGGGCGAACAGUGGAUGCGCAGACACUGCACAGCUGGGGUCUCAUUUCUGAAGUGGUCAAAGAGAAAAGAGCGGCCCUGGCAUCCAAGACAGAGGAAGCACAGAGCCAAACUGAGGUCCUGAAAGCAGCAAUCCGCACAGGUGAGGCCAUGUGCCGAAACAGCCCCGAUGCGCUGAUUGUGGCGCGCCGUGGCAUCCGGUCGGCAUGGGAGCAAGGCAGUGCUGAUGAGGCGACGGAAGCCGUUGCACAAGAAUGGUAUCCUCAAUUAGUGGCAGGGAAGAACUUUGCGGAGGGUCUGAAAGCCUUUGCUGAGAAGCGGCCCCCUAAAUGGACCAGCCCAAAGCUUUGA